CUCCAUCAUCGAGGUUGGCCAAAACCCUGCCUGCGUGCAAUCACUGCAAACUGCAUAGAAUUCCACAAAAAAGCUAUUUCAUGCAAUAUCAAAAUGAUUAACAGGAGAAGCGUCCUGCACCAACUCCUGCACAACUGAAGGUCAGCGACAGCUUGGCCGUCACGGCAUUUCAGUGGUCCUACAACAUUUCAUAAUGUAGUUCAGGACGUGCGCCAGCAUUGACGUUUCAACACGCAAGAAUACACGGGUUAUCUGCGGCGACAUGGCUUCGGCACGAAGCGCUCCGCAGCAGCAGCAGCAGCAGCAGCUCGGGCCGCCCAAUUCAGCGCGCUUGGCUAUUACCAGCCUCUGUAAAGUCUUGCGACAGUAUGGAGUGGCCGUGCUGGAGCCGGAGACUGUCCGCCAGGCUAAGUUCGAUGGCCCUGUGGCGGCCCCCAUGUGGCGCGCCCUGCACGACACCGUGCUGCUAAUCCUGGCGGGACGGGGCACAGGCGGCGCCGGAGGCGCUGGAGGCACGAGUAGCUGUGCCUUGGAACCCACGUCGGCAGCCGCGGCAGCCACGGCACUAGGUCGGCAGUGGGAGGCGGUGUCACACGAGCUCUUGGACGUGGCGCUGGGGGCGGGAGGAGCAGCAGGCGGCAGCUUCCCGGCCGAGGGCGCCGCGCUGGUGGUCCGUCAGCUGGCUGCGUGGGGCGCGCCGCCGGCCCUGCUCGCCGCUCUGCGGCCACCCGGGGCCGCUAGGGCCGGUGCAGGGGCUGCACGUCACCCACACCACCACAGCUACAGCCAAGAAGACCGGGCAGGGGGCGGCGCUGAUUGUGAUGGUGGUGGUGGUAGUGGUGAUGUCAUGGAUGCGGCAUGGGGCAAUCCCGCAUCUUGCCGCUCGCGGCCGCUGCUGCUGGCGCUUGGAUGGCUGGUGGCGGCUGCGCGGCUGUUUGAGCGGCGCAUUGCGGAGCUGGAGCCAGGGCCUGAGGCCAGGGCGCUGCUGCCGCCCUACCCGCCGGACUCGUGCCUUGGCCCCACGACCCAGGCGGCCUACGAGACGGCGGCGCAGGAGGCACGGCAGCUAGUCGCCCGCUCGCUGACAGGAGAUGUUGCUGCUGGCAGCAGCAGCGGCGUGCCUGGCGCGGCGCUGCCGCGAAGCGGCGGCGCCGGGGGGCUGCGGUCGCGGGCGCCGCCCGGCGACCCGUUCGGCCCGUCGGCUGCCGCAGCGUCGCGCGAGGCGCUGUGGGGCGAUGUCGAGGCGGCGGCACAACGCGCGGUGAUGCUGUGCGGCCGAGCCAGGGGGCGCAUGGUGACCCUGCAGGCUGCGAUGGACUGCCGACACAGGUUGACGGCCUCACUGGUGGGGCGCCAGGCCGCCGCCUCGCCCUCCAGUCGGCCGCUGACGCCCUACGAGCUGCAGCUGGCUGCGCAGCCUGCGGCCGUGCAGCGGCACGCGGCGGCGCUGGAGAGCGCCACGUUGGCGCUGCUGGAGCAACAGGAGCUGGCAGCACACGGCGCCCUGUGCUUCGAGUGGCUGGGCAGCGUGAUAGAGGAGGAGGAGCAGGCCGCGCAGCAGGGCGGCGGCGCCAAGGGCCGGGGCAGGGCCCAGGCCGCAGCCGCGGCCGCCGCUUCCUCGCCCGCCGCCGCGUCCUCCCUCGCGCACCUGCCGUACGCGGGGAGUGCGGCGGCGGCGCGGCUGCAGGGCCAGCUGGCGGCGCAGUUGGAGGCGGCGGUGCAGGCGGCGGCGCCGGAGCUGAGUGCCGCGCGGCAGCGAGCGGCGCAAGGAGGCGGCGGCGGCGGGGCUGGGAAACCGGGCGCUGCAGCUGCCGGCGGGGCGUCAGUCAGCAUCCAUCACUUCCUGGCCCUUGCGGAGAAAGCGGUAUCAGGACAGCCAGUCCCGGGGCCCGACGGCGACGCCCUCUUCACACCAUCACCUGCGAAUGGCGCAGCCGGCGCCGCCGGCUUGUUAGCAGGGCAGGGCGGUGGCAGCGCCGCACCCUGGUCCGCCGAUGUGGGUCGUGAAGCGGGGCCGUGGCGGCUUCCUGAUGACGUGGCGAGCGCUCUGUCUGCCGCACAGGCGGCUGCUUCGGAGCGUGCGGAGGCGGAGUUGCAGGCCGAGGCCCAAGGGGUGCUGCUGCGCCACGGGGCCUUGGCGCGGUGCGACUUCUCCGGGGGGCCGGGCGGCGCGGGCGCGGGGGGCCCACUGGCGGCAGUGUUGGCGGGUGGCGGACCGGCGGGCGGUGGGGUGGGGGGAGUGGCGGCGGGGGCGGAGACGCGGCGGCUGCUGGAGGCGGUGUUGGCGGUGGCGCGGCCGCUGGCGCGCGCGCGCGCGGGGCACAAGGCAGCGCUGCGCGCGGCGUUGCAGGAGCUGCCUGAAGGAUACCUGGUGGCAGGCGUGUAGUGGUGUGUGUGCGCAGGCGGCGUUUGCAGGCAGAGGCUAGGCGGGUGGACUGAAGGCAGGUCGACGAGCGACACGGUGUUUUGCCCAGCGGUUAACGCCGCAAUUGCGAGCUCUUGCACAUGCAUGGGCAUUUG